GCAAGAGUCCAGUCUCCACUAUCCAGUUACCACCUUCUGCAGGAAAGGACGCUUGAUCGAGGCCCCGCCUCCCACGGGAUCACAGUCCCGCCCUUGGGUUUAGGCUACACCCGACUCAGCGAUAAACACCGAACCUCACUGAGCUGAGAACCAGGGACCUGGGUGCCUGAGGCCUAAGUUGCCUGCUUCUUCGUGGUGGCCAGACAGGGGACAGUCUGUGAGGUGUUGGCCAGAACAUGUCUUCCAACCUGGAAUCAGCAAAGGACUUGCUUGUUUUCUUAGGAAAGUCACUGCUUAGUAUUUUGGAGGUCCUACUUUCUUAUGUGAUCCCCAAACAACGGAAGAACGUUGCUGGUGAAAUAGUCCUCAUAACAGGUUCUGGGAGUGGACUUGGAAGGCUCUUAGCCUUGCAAUUUGCCCGCCUGGGAUCUGUGCUCGUUCUCUGGGAUGUGAAUAAGGAGGCAAAUGAGGAGACCUGUCAGUUAGCUCGGGAAGCAGGAGCUGCCAGAGUGCAUGCCUACAUCUGUGACUGCAGCCGAAAGGAAGAAGUUUACAGUGUGGCUGACCAGGUAAAGAAAGAAGUUGGCGAUGUCUCUAUCCUCAUCAACAAUGCCGGCAUUGUAACAGGCAGAAAGUUCCUCGAAUGCCCUGAUGACCUCAUGGAAAAGUCACUGGAUGUCAAUUUCAAAGCACAUUUAUGGACGUAUAAAGCCUUCCUGCCUGCCAUGAUCGCUAACAACCAUGGCCAUUUGGUUUGCAUUUCAAGUUCAGCUGGAUUAAUUGGAGUAAAUGGGCUGGCAGACUAUUGCGCAAGUAAAUUCGCAGCCGUUGGAUUCGCUGAAUCUAUGUUUGUUGAACUAUUUGCCCUAAAACAAAAAGGAAUCAAAACUACAAUUGUGUGUCCAUUCUUUAUAAAAACUGGAAUGUUUGAAGGUUGCACUACCAAGUGGCCUACUCUGUUGCCAAUUCUGGACCCAGAAUAUGCAGUCAGGAAAAUAGUGGAUGCUAUUCUGCAAGAGACACUUUACUUGUAUAUGCCAAAGUUUUUAUACUUCACAAUGUUCUUAAAAAGCUUCUUGCCCAUCAAGACAGGAAUGCUUUUAGCUGACUACCUGGGAAUCUUUCAUGUGAUGGAUGGCUUCUCUGGCCAAAAGAAGAAAGCUUAAUGAUGUCAUCCAUUGCUGCAUCAGGCUUCUUCCAAAGAAGAUACAUAUUUCCUUCCAACAGAACCCAAAGACAAAUACUACCCAUAUUCCACUGUGGACCAUAGUGUCCUUCCAGUGUCAUUUAAAUGCAAUUUUACUAUUUUCUUUUUUGUUGAGUGUUUUUGUUUGUUUGUCUGUUUGUUUGUUCUUUAAAAAAUAAAAAUAGCUCUUUUGUCGUUUC